UGGGAUCACUGGGGAAUCGUGAUUUUAUGGGAUUAGAGACGGUUCGAAUAUCAGACAAUCUCUUAAUGUGGGGCCCUAGCGGCGGUAGCACACGCUGGUUCCUGUAAGUCGCGACGGAGGCAAAACAAACUCCAUUUCUCAUAUCCUUGGCGCGGGUUUUGUAGGGGGAGACAGGAUAACAUGGCACAGCCCCUAUCCCUCACAGCAGCAACAAAAACCCUAACUACUCUCUGCCACGCCCCAGACCCUUAUUCUCAUGCGAAUGCAAAACCCCAUGGCUUCUUCUCUUCGAAGCCUCUUCACUCUCUCCAAUCUCUAUCUUCAUCUUCCUUGCCUCUCCCCAAGAAGUUAUUCCUAGGGUUUCCGCUCCAAUGCUCCUACAGCGGAGCUUCACUGUCGUCGUCAGCGUCGCCUUUCGAUUACGAGCACGAGAGGGUGGUGUACCCUAGGCCUUCGGAGAUCCCAUGGAGUAAGGAGCUCUGCAACUCGGUGCAGCUCAUCGGGAUUGUCGGCACCCCCAUCCAGAUCAAACACCUCAGCAGCGGAAAGGUCCUUGCCUGGUCCCGCCUUGCCGUGAAGAAAUCCGCCACCGACACUGUCUGGAUCAAUUUAACAUUUUGGGAUGAAUUGGCACAUGUUGCUUUUCAGCAUGUGGAGAAGGGUCAGCAAAUAUAUGUCUCUGGCAGACUUGUGUCAGACACUAUUGAAGGGGAUGAUGAGAAGCGCCAGACCUACUACAAGGUAGUUGUUCAGCAACUGAAUUUUGUGGAAAGGACUUACUCACCAGUGUCCUUAUAUGAGCCAGAGACAAAUUCUGUGACAUCAGGCAACUCUUGUUUUUUAUUGUGAACUUAGUAUGAUUUGAACGGGGAUAUAAUUUCCCACAUUUUGUUCAUGGUAGUUAGUUCUUCUGUUGUGGCAUUGCAGGUGUGAAGGCUGGAAAUUUUUCUCGAAAUCACGUAGGUUCAACGGAAGAACUGUGGCAAGCCUUCUUUGCUAAUCCAGUUGACUGGUGGGAUAAUAGAAAGAACAAGGUUGCUCUGAAAUUUGCAGCGGAACCCGAAGUAUCCAGAUUUCAAGCACAAGCAUACUGGGGAGGCUUUAUGGAUUGAAGGAAAAUACAAUCCACAUUGGGUGAAGUCUCAACUGGCAAUACUGGACUCAAGGAUGGAAUCUCUCCAUGCUAAUGAAGCAAGCAAGUCUGUGGCUUUCAUGUCUAGUGAUGAUUUUGCGCCUUUCUAAUUGUUGCCUCUGCCGUGUAACGUGCUAAAUGUUCAUGUCAUACGAUAUCUUUCCUGGUCGACCAGGUUCUUUUUGAGAGGUCAUGGCUCUGGUUUUUGUUGUCAGAGCCUUAUGGGUGGUGUUGUUUGUACAGUCUGGAUUCUAAAUUUGCAUUGGUCCAAGAGCCUAAAGUUGCUGAUCCUUUUUUUUCCUUUUUCUUUUUUGUUCUAGAAAAUUUAAUGUUUUGAACAAGUUAUGCAGGUGUUAUAAUCCAUAGGUUAUCUUUUGGAUGAUAAAUUAUAGAAUGCCUUAUAUGUACUUAAAAUGAUGGAAGCGAAAAGAAGCACUGGUUUUCUUUUCUUUUCUUUCCCUUUUCAUUUUAACGAGCGAUAAGAUACUUGGGUCAUCACUGGAAAGUUGCGAGUUUUCUUAAAUCUAUUGAAAAGUUUUGCAUUGAAAAAUCUUGGGUAUUUCUUUUUAUUUUUCCAAGAAAGUAAGAUGAACUGAAUUAAUGAGAUGGCUGUUCUGAUCUUUCAUGAGACAAUUUUACAUGUUCUUGGAACCCAAAACACCAUGUUUUUUUUUGCAAUUUGCUUGAUACUAGUACAUUUAGUUUUCCCCUUUUGAGUGUUAACAAAUGUCAGUCUGUGAUUUUUCUUUCUUCAUGGGUAGGUCAGUCUCUGGACUUUGGUUUGAUAAAGAGUAAUUUGGUCAUCCCACCCAUAUUCAAUGCACUUUUCAGAAGUUUCAAAGCUACCAAUGUUUUCAGAAUUUUAAAAGCUGAUUUUGCAUCAUUCCUGGGUUUGUUUUAAAUAUCUGGUCUGUUUGAGUAUCUUCUGGGGUUCUUUCUAUGAUCCGUUGUAGUCAUCGUGGCUGUUCUUUCAUUCCUGCUGCUUUAUGCAGCAGCAGGAGCAGCUGGGACCCAACCGUUUCACUCAUCCUCAAACACCCAACUCUUGUUCUGCUUGAGAAGUACAGAAGUAGGGCACACUUCAAGCAGAUUUUGGCUCAAAUGAUGAGGAUUCAUCUUGUCACUGAAACAUUUCCCAUGAGUAGGCUCCUCUUCUCUUCUACUUCACACCUUGAAAGUUUAGACAUGGCCAUCCUACUCUUCAAUCACUAUACUCCUCAACCCAAUCUCUACAUUUACAAUAUCAUGAUCUGUGCGUUGUCAUUCUCACCUAUUGACUCUAUUGCUCUCUUCAAAUCCAUGCUCCAGUCGUGCAUCUAUCCAGAUAAACAGACCCUCCUGUAUCUCCUCAAGGCCGCCAAAUGCUUAUCAGUGGGGCUGCAGAUUCAUGCCCAUGCCAUAAUUACAGGCUUCUCAUCACAUGUCUAUCUGCAGAAUUCCCUCAUCAAGAUGUAUGCAGAAAAUGGGCGGAUGGAUCUUGCUCAUCAGGUGUUUCAACAGAUGAUUGAACAAGAUGCUGUCUCGUGGAAUAUCAUGAUUUCUGGUCACAUCAAGAAUGGGGGCAGCUUGCAAGCACUAGAAUUUUUCCGCAAGAUGGGAGUUUCAGGACUCAAACCAGAUGAGUUUACCGCAGUGAGUCUUUUCACAGCUUGUGGACAGCUGGGAGAUGCACGCCAAGGAAAGUCAGUUCAUGCAUGGAUUGAAAGGAGGAAAUGCAUUGCUUUGAAUUUGAUUGUGGGCAAUGCUCUUUUGGAUAUGUAUGUGAAACUUGAGGAGUUAGAGCUAGCUCGGAGGGUUUUUGACAGAGCUGAAGUGAGGGAUUGCAUUUCAUGGAAUACUAUGAUUGCAGGAUAUGCCAAAGUCGGAGAAUUGGAAUUUGCCUGCAAGCUUUUUAAUGAAAUGCCUAGCAGGGAUCUGGUUUCUUGGAAUUCUCUGAUUGCUGGAUAUGCCCAGAAGGGCGAUUGUAGAGCUGUGAUGAAAUUAUUCAGGGACAUGCUUGUUGAGAAUAUUAGACCUGAUAAGGUGACAAUUGUUGGCUUGGUUUCCACUGCUGCAGAGAUGGGAGCUCUUCAUCAAGGCAGAUGGGUCCAUGGCUGGCUGGUUAAAAACCAGAUGAAAUUGGAUGCCUUUUUGGGGUCUGCGCUGAUAGAUAUGUACAGCAAGUGUGGGAGUAUCGAAAGAGCAUUCAUGGUUUUUGAGAGAAUUUCUGAAAGAGAUGUUAUGGUGUGGACAGCCAUGAUUGCUGGACUUGCAUUCCAUGGUUAUGGAAACAAAGCUUUGGAAUUGUUCAGGGAGAUGCAGGAAGUUUCGACACCAAAUGCAGUGACGCUUCUUGCUAUUCUUACUGCUUGUAAUCACAGUGGGAUGGUGGAUCAGGGGCAUGCAAUCUUUUACAGUAUGAAGCAAAUUUCUGGUGUCGAACCAGGAAUUGAGCACUAUGGGUGUUUGGUCGAUCUUCUAGGGCGAGCAGGGAGGCUAGCCGAGGCAAGAGAUGUGAUCGAGAAGAUGCCUAUGAAACCAAGUAGGACAAUCUGGGGGGCAAUGUUGAGUGCUUGUAAAGCUCAUGGAAAUGUCGGGCUCGCAGAGAUUGCUUUAAGGGAGUUGCUGAAAUUGGAGCCUGAGAAAGAGGGCGGUUAUGUUCUGUUGUCUAAUGUAUAUGCUGCCUGUGGGAAGUGGAGCUCUUCUGACAAUAUCAGAGGAAUCAUGGAAAGCAGGGGAGUGAAGAAGAGGGCUGGUUGCAGUAGUGUGGUUGUUGAUGGAGUUGAUCAUGAGUUUGUGGCAGCAGACAAGCGCCACUCAAGAUGGGUAGAGAUCUACUGCAUAUUGAAAAGUUUAAACAGAGAGAUGAGGUCAGGUGCUGAUAUUUCUUUAAAGUUCCAGCAACAGUUGCUAGAUCCAUAUCUGGGCUGAGGUUUGAAACUUCCUUUCUGAUUACUGUGAAUGUUGCUAGCACAUAGAAUUGCAGAGGUAGGGUAGAUUUUCUAGCGUGGUAGUUUCGUAGCUUCAUAGGUUAAAAUAAAUACAGAUAGAUAUAACACUAGGUUACUGUGUUGCUAUCCAUGUAUUGGUGGGCCUGCAAUAUACUGCUCAAAACUGUGAUAAAAUUUUCUGUGCUUCCAAGAACAGUACUCAGGUGAUUUGCCUUUCCUGAACGAUGUCAUACAUAUUUUAAUUGAGAAUGCCAAGCUGCUUCGCUUUCCCUUAAGAAACUACUGUAAAUCUUGGCAUGUGAUAAAUGGGAUCCUUUCUCUGGAGAUAUACAACAAAUAAUAGCA